AUGGGAGACUUCAGUCACCCUGACAUGUGCUGGGAAGACAACACAACUAAGCACACACAGACCAGGAGGUUCCUACAGAUCAUUGAUGAUAACUUCUUGACACAGGUUGUGGAGAAGCCAAUGAGGAGACGUGUGCUGCUGGACCUUAUCCUAACAAACCAAGAAGAACUGGUUGGAGAUGUGAAGCUUGGGGGCAGCCUUGGCUGCAACAACCAUGAGAUGGUGAAGUUCAGGAUCCUGCAUGGAGGAAGCAGGAAAAUAAGUAGGACUAAAACCAUGGACUUCAGCAGGACAAGCUUUGACCUCUUCAAGGUCCUGCUUAGAAGAAUCUCAUGGGAUAGGGCUCCAGAAGACGAGGAGAGAGCAGUGGAUGUUGUCUACCUUGACUUCAGCAAGGCUUUUGACACCGUCUCUCACAACAUCCUCAUAGGCAAGGUCAAGAAGUGCAGGCUGGAUGAGUGGACAGUAAGAUGGAUUGAGAACUGGCUGGAUGGCAGAGAUCAGAGGGUUGUGAUCAAUGGUGCAGAGUCGAGUUGUAGGCCUGUAGCUAGUGGUGUUCCCCAGCGGCCAGUACUGGGUCCAGUCUUGUUCAACCUGUUCAUCCAUGACCUGGAUGAAGAUACUGAGUGUACCCUCAGCAAGUUUGCUGAUGAUACAAAACUGGGAGAGGUGGCUGAUACACCAAAAGUCUGUGCUGCCAUUCAGUGUGGUCUAGACAGGCUGGAGGACUGGGCAGAGAAGAACUUAAUGAAGUUCAACAAAGGCAAGUGUAGGGUCCAGUACCUAGGAACAAAUAACCCCAGGCACCAGUACAGAUUAGGGGUCGACCUUCUUGAAAGCAGCAUUGCAAAGAAGGACCUGGGUGUUCUGGUAGAUAACAGGUUGAACAUGAGCCAACAAUGUGCCCUUGUGGCCAAGAAGGCCAAUAGUGUCCUGGGGUCUAUUAGGAUGAGUGUGGCCAGCAGGUCGAUGGAGGUUAUCCUCCACCUCUGCCCUGGACAUGCGAAUGCUGCCCUAGCUGCCUUAACCUUAGAACAUCUCACUGGGACUGGGCAACACGCAGACCCGGCUGGACAGGCAAGGGAUAUCCCCCGAGAAGCCUUAGAAGCAGUCCGGGAGGAAGCGAAAAAGGCCUUAUUGAAAGUUCCUGAUUCUCAAAAGCCUCAGAAAGCGUUUACUAAUAUCACCCAAGAGCCCCGAGAGCCGUAUAUGCAAUUUAUAGACCGAUUGAAACAAGCCUUAGAUCGGCAAAUAGAUAAUACCGAGGCUCGAGAUAUCCUAUUACUUAAAUUAGCAGUGGAAAAUGCCAACGCUGAUUGCAAAAAACUUUUAAAAUCGCUUCCAAACCAAAAUCCCACUUUGAUUGAGAUGAUUGAGGCGUGUAACAGAAUUGGCACCAUGGAUCAUAAAUAUGAAGCGAUGGCUGCUGCCUUUGCGGCCAUGCGCGGAUCCGUGGGAAACAGUGUUGUCUCAGUGGGGGGUGUCUAUCCAGACACAUUUUUAGGCGGGGCCAUUGAGGGGCGUGAAACCCCAAAGUUAACCUGGAAGACAGAUACUCCUAUUUGGAUUGAUCAAUGGCCCCUGCCACUGGAAAAACUUCACGCCCUCCAAGAAAUAGUUAACGAACAACUAUCUAUGGGACAUAUUGUACCCUCAACGAGUCCUUGGAACUCGCCUAUUUUUGUUAUUAAAAAACUGACUGGCAAGUGGCGCUUGCUCCAUGACCUCAGAAAAAUUAAUGACGCUAUGGAAGACAUGGGGGCCCUGCAGCCUGGGCUUCCAUCCCCUACCAUGAUCCCUCGAGAUUGGCAUUUAACUAUCAUAGACCUCAAAGAUUGUUUUUUCAACAUUCCAUUGCAUCCAGAUGAUGCCCCUAAAUUUGCCUUUUCUGUACCAAGCGUCAACAUGCAAGCUCCUUUGCAAAGAUAUCAGUGGGUUGUGCUACCGCAGGGAAUGAAAAAUAGCCCUACAAUAUGCCAAUGGUAUGUAGCAAACAUACUUAGUCCUGUUAGAACUGCAGUACCUGCUGCAUUGUUAUAUCAUUAUAUGGAUGACAUUCUAGUGGCAGCACAGCACCAUGAAGUCAUGGAGGAAGCUGUAGCCCUUGUCGUGGCUGCUGUAAAAUCAGCAGACCUCUGUAUUGCACCGGAAAAAAUUCAAAGAAUGCCACCUUGGAAAUACUUAGGAUGGCGUAUAAGGGCUCAGACUAUUGCUCCGCAACCUUUACAAAUACAGGCGAAUGUAAAGAACUUACAUGACGUACAAAAACUGCUGGGUACAAUUAAUUGGGUCAGACCAUUGUUAGGAAUCACUAGUGCGGACCUUCGUUCCCUAUUCGAAAUGCUUAAAGGAAGCUCGGACUUAAACGCUCCGUGAACUCUUAGUCCUGAAGCCAUAGCUUCCUUGCAUAAAGCUGCAGCAGCAAUUGCCUCCAGACAAGCGCAUCGAUGGGAACCAGAAUUGCCUUUUCAAUUAAUCAUCCUUAAUCCUGCUAGACAGCCUUAUGCACUUAUUUUUCAAUGGGACUGCCAGAAAAUGGACCCUUUACUGAUCAUUGAAUGGAUUUUUCUGCCUAACCAAGCCACAAAGACGAUUUCUACCCAACAUGAGAUGUUUGCAUCUUUAAUCAUCAGGGCCAGACAGCGAUUACUUACCCUGGCGGGCACGGACUUCGCCCUUAUAUGUAUGCCAGUAACAAGUGUUUACCUGCAAUGGCUACAACAACAAUCAGAUGCACUAGGUAUAGCCCUGACUGGCUAUGCAGGCCAACUCACUUCUCAUCCACCUUCUCACAAGCUGUUAAGCAUUGAUUUUCACCUUCUACCUGUUCCAAAGCGGAGUGACCAGCCUUUACAAGCCCUCACUGUAUUCACGGAUGGGUCUGGCAAAUCUCACAAAUCUGUUAUCCUUUGGUGGGAUGACCAUCGGGAACAGUGGAGCUCAGAUGUAGAGACUGUACAGGGUUCUCCUCAAAUAGUAGAAUUGUCUGCAGUUGUUCGAGUGUUUCGAAAAUGGUCUAUUCCUCUCAAUAUAAUCACUGAUUCUGCUUAUGUUGCAGGAAUUGUUAGCCGAGCAGAAGCUUCUGUGCUACGGGAUAUUUCUCAUGCGGCACUGUUCAAUUUGUUACAAGAACUCAUUUUCCUGUUAGAUUCCCGUCUUCACCCUUAUUUUAUUAUGCAUGUUCGAUCUCACACUUCUCUACCUGGUUUUAUUGCAGAAGGGAACCGACAAGCGGAUUUGCUUACGCUACCGGUGCAGGUGUUACCAGAUCGAUUAGCGCAAGCUAGACUCAGCCACUCCUUUUUUCAUCAAAAUGCUGCAGGCCUUAAGCGUCAAUUUGACCUCACUAUACAACAAGCUCAUAAUAUCAUUGCGGUGUGUCCUGAUUGUCAAAGACAUUCUUUCCCUUCUAUAGCAGAAGGAGUUAACCCCAGAGGGCUACAAAGCCUUCAACUCUGGCAAACAGAUGUCACUCAUUUUGCUGAAUUUGGUCGUUUAAAGUUUGUUCAUUGCUCUAUUGAUACAUUUUCCGGAAUGUUAUUUGCCUCCUGUCAUGUAGGAGAAAAAGCACGCGAUGUGCAAAAACAUCUGAUGCGCGCCUUUGCUACUUUAGGGGUACCCUCUCAAAUUAAAACUGACAAUGGCCCUGCGUAUGUAUCCAAAACCUUGACGACCUUUUUUGCCUCUUAGGGUAUAUCACACGUCACAGGUAUCCCUCACUCUCCUACGGGACAAGCUUUGAUAGAACGAUCUCACCAAACCUUAAAACGCCUGUUAUUAAAACAAAAAGGGGGAAUAGGGGCUGCUACACCAGAGGAGCGAAUACAGAAAGCCUUGUAUGUUUUUAAUUUUUUGAAUUGUUCCCUGUUAGACAGCAAUCCUCCAGUAGUUCGUCAUUUUAGCACAAACACCCUUUUUGAACCCAAGAUUAAGCCGCCAGUAUUGAUCCGGGACCCCGAAACAGGUAAAGUGAUGGGACCCUAUCCCCUUGUUACAUGGGGUAGAGGCUAUGCUUGUGUUUCCACAGAGAGAGGUCCUUGCUGGAUCCCGGCAAAGAACGUGAGACCCUUCCGAGAAACAUUGCAACGGCAGUCUUCUGAUAACGCUCCAGAACCUGCGUUCGAUGAGGAGAACGUUGCUCCCGAAUGAAUUCCGUCUCAGAAACAGAUAAGCGAGAGCUUCAGUGUCCAGACUGCAAAGUGUGCAAUUUCUGGAUCCUUAGAAUUUGUGCUGACUGCGAAAGACCACAGUGGGUAAAUAGGUGCCGCGUAAGACGGUGGUGUGACUAUUGUUUGCAGGAUCAUCAGGGGCUCUUACAGAGACUGUUAGUGGAAACUGGAAUUGAGGGCGAUAGAACUCGCUCCUAUCAAGAAAAGUUGGAAAAGUGGCAUAGAUAUAUUUUUGAGCAAUCAAAUAUUGUUCUUUGGAAAGCCGUUGAAUGUGAUAAAUCUGUUCCAGUACCACAGAUCUGGGAAGUAAACCCCGAUAAGUGGGAGGAAACAAAAAGGAGGUGUCUGAAGAAGAGAAACAGAAGGAAAACUAAAAGCCUGCAGACAUGGGCCAAGUGUUAAUCCUUUUGUUAAGUACUAUAAGCUUAGGCCUUAACUUUGAUUUGCAUCAUGUUGACCCUCGUACUAAUGUAUGGCUCACGUGGGCAAAUCGUACCGGGACCACAGACUUUUGUCUGUCCCUGGCGCAAGUAAGCGAUCCGUUUAGAACAUGUUUAAUUGGGUAUCCAUAUGUACACCUAGACGAUUUUCGAGGUUACGUGAACACCUCUGAUUUGUCGAAUGUACUCAAUUCCACAUAUUGGCAAUGGAGGAGAAAUAACAGUGACGGAUGGUGUACAAAAAGUAGCGACUGGCCAGUAGAGCAGGGAGCCAUGCUCCAGCAGGGCUUAAUUCAAAGGCUCAAUUUCUCUAAUCACUUACCGUUUCAGGAACUGACACUUUGGGGCUCCUUCCCUCCACAGGGGGAAUGGGAGAACAUCUCAAGUCGCGCAAAUUGCUCUGAUACGAGACCGGAGAUUCUUCCUGUUAACGGGACUGGAGUGGUCUAUUUUGGUGAUAGCUGGACUUGGUAUUUGAUUCGAGAUGGUCACAAAGAGACAUUAGAUUCAUUGAUUCAUUAUCAAAACGUGUCAGGUAACUCUGGUCAUUGGAACAUUUCGAUAAAUGCAGGGGCUAGAGAUGUGGCCAAUAUCACUGGACAGGUAAGGUUGCCAAAAGGCUAUUUCUUAAUUUGUGGAGAUAGAGCAUGGCCCGGAAUUCCUUUUAAACCUGUGGGAGGACCUUGUUAUAUUGGGAGACUUACGCUGUUCGCACCUCAUAUGAGGGACGUGCUUAAUCGUUCCCUGAGCAAUAGUACCAGAUCAAAAAGGUCGUUGCGACAAUUACAACCAGAUUGCGAUGAUCACGUCAAUUUAGGGUCCUUAGGAUCUACUAUAGCUCUGUCCCUAUUUUUGCCUGGUGGGAUGGCCGCAAGCAAUUGGAAUAAAAUAAAACAAUUGGCAUGCUGGGCUGUCAAAGAAUUUAACACGACCUCUGACAUUUUGUCAGGAUUAGCUCAAGAUGUAGAUAGCUUACGACAUGCAGUCUUACAGAAUCGUGCUGCCAUAGAUUUCCUUUUACUAGCCCACGGACAUGGAUGUCAAGAAUUUGAAGGAAUGUGUUGCAUGAAUCUAUCUGAUCACUCUGUGAGCAUUCAUAAACAGAUUGCAGAACUACGAGAAAGGAUUCACAAUGUGCAGGAAGGAAUGGAUGGACUCGAUGGGUGGCUAGCUUCUUGGGGAAUUACAGGGUGGAUAAAAGAUUUACUUAAACAGGGAAUUUUGGUUCUCUCAGUAAUUUGUGUGUUAUUACUAACGAUUCCAUGUAUCUUGCAGUGCUUACGAAGGUCGAUAACUGCUUCAGUAAAUAAGAUUUUUCUUGUGCAAGCACAAGACCUCCUGAAAACUCCCAGUACAGAAAUGUUGGUGAAGCAAGACGUCCUCGAACUAGUUGGACGCCGACCUUGGGAAGAAGCAAAUGUUUGAAAACAAAAAGGGGGAGAUGUGGGUUAUUUAGGCUUAUAGGAUAUUAGCAAAAAUAUAUAUCUGUAGUCAAUAUGCUAGUUUUAGUUACUGGGCUUGCUGUGUCAGCAUUACUGGGGGCUGUGGAAAGUUACAACAUGUGGAUGUAAGAACAAAGAACAGGAACUGGUGGUCGAGUAAAAGGAUCUUGUUACAGUGAUCUUGUUACAGUGAGGAAUGCAGAGCCUUCCCAGCACGUAGGGCACGUAGCCACAAGGAACUAAGAUAAGAUAUGCAUGCUUUCUUACUAACCUAUCAUGAGUUCAGCUUUUGUAAUAUGUAUGAACUAAUUAGUUGGUAUACCAAUCAGUAUAAUCCACGAUAGUAGUUGUAAUGUAUGUAACAGUAUAAAAGGACUGUGUAAAGAACAAUAAAGCGGACACUUUGCUUGCA